GCGCAUUGUGUAGCUAAACGAGCGACAGGAACGAAACGAGAGCACCUGGCACAGUUCUCGCGUGUUCUCACGCGCCGACGCAAUACUCUUCCGUCGCCGCCGGCAUUGGCUCUGAAGCCGUUCUCGUUCGUUUUACACGGGAAACGUUUCGCUACUAAGCAUCCAAAACCCUCGACUUGUUCGCUCUACCAGCUUUCACUAAACCCUAACCCUCUCCACGUUUCAAGCUUGUUAGGAUUAAAACUAUGGCACCAAAUGCUCAUAUCAAAAAAGCAAUUACAGCUAUGAAGGCUCUUGGAAUUGAUGAAGCGCAGACAAAGCCCGUCUUGAAGAACCUUCUCAUCCUUUACGAUAAGAAGUGGGAGUUAAUAGCCGAGGACAACUACAGGGCACUCGCUGAUGCUAUCUUCGAAAGCCAAGAGACUCAGGCCACUGAAGAGAAAAAAGGAAAGGAGAAGAAGGCCGACGAAGCUGAAGCCAGCGCUGCAGAAGUUGACAGAGGAAAGAGGAAGGCGCAUGAGUCUGUCGAAGACGAUGAAGAUGCCUUGGAUGAGCCUGAACGCCCUUUAAAGAGGCUGCGGCGCAGAGGUGAAGCAGGCUCUGUUUCGGCUUCAAACAGUCCCAGUUUAAAAGAGACUACAACUCGUGACCAAGAAAUGGCGCCUGUCUUAUUGCCAUUUCAUCCUCUACCAACCGAAGAUGACCCUGAUGCUGGUGCGCUCGUUAUGCCAAAAGACGAGCCCGUUACAGAUAUUUUUUCCACUUCUACUAAUCAAGAUUCCUUGGAAAAUGGGAACUCUUCAGCUCCCAUGUCCGAGACGGAGAAAACAAAUGGUCAUCUGGAAGAGCGGCAUGGUUCAACAGCAGCUACUGACGUUCCUCCAACAACUAUCGAGAGAGCUAGUGAGCACACGAUGGCUACAACCCCAGAAGGAUCUUCAACACUUGCAUUAGCUUCUUCUGCAACCGGUGAAGUGAAGAUUAAUCUGAGUUUUGCUCCUGCAACUUCCAGUCUGCAUGCACCUUCUAUGGAUGAACUACGAAGAGCAAUGGAGGAUGUGUGUCUCCGGCAGUACAAAAUACUGGACCCUAACUUUUCUGUAAGUCGUUUUUUGAACGACAUCGCUAGCUCCUACCUGGAACUUGCAACCAAGGCAGAUAAAACAGCCAACCAGUCGCCAGAUAACCUGCCGUCUUUCACCACAAAUGUUGAUGCAUUGAAGAAAUCUGCAGCAGCGAUGGCUUUUACUGCUGAGGGCAGUAAUGACCUGGCAAAUUCAGCCAACCAAUCGCCAGAAAAUUCGCAAACCAAGCCGGUUGAUGUAUUAAACAAGUCUGCUGCAACUACGGUCAGAAAUGAUGAUGAAUCCACGGGUUUGGUAGUUGUUCCCGAGUGCCAGAUUUCUGCGGAUGAGUUUAGAAUGAUCAGCAUCGUCAGUGACAUCACUCUUGCAAAAGAAGCUGUUGAGAUUCCUUGGGUGAAUGAAUUCAAUUCCAAGGUUCCUCCACCUUUUCGAUACAUAGCCCAAAGUCUUGUGUAUCAAGAUGCUGAAGUGAAGUUUUCACUUGGGAAAGUUGACCAAUGCUGCUCCUCUUGCUGUGGAGAUUGCUUGGCUCCAUCAAUGGCAUGCAGUUGUGCAACUGCACUUGGUGGCUUUACAUACACAAAAGAUGGCCUCCUGCAGAAAGAUUUCCUGGAAGAAUGUAUCUCCGAAGCCCGUGAUACGCAGAAACAGUUGGUUCAGUAUUGCAAAGAAUGUCCAUUAGAGGUUGCCAGAAACGAGGAGACUCUGGAGCCGUGCAAGGGGCAUCGCAAGAGGAAGGUUAUCAGAGAAUGUUGGAGCAAUUGUGGCUGUAGCGAGAAGUGUGGCAACCGAGUCGUCCAACAUGGCAUUCACACUAAGCUGCAGGUGUUUUUCACGUCCGAUGGGCCCAGCGGGAGAGGUUGGGGACUCAGGACUCUAGAAAAGCUGCCGAAGGGGGCAUUUGUCUGCGAGCUUGCUGGAGAGAUAUUGACCAUUUCAGAGCUGGUCCAACGCAGGAACUCUGAGAAACUUACUUCUCCGGUAAUACUGGAUGCACACUGGGGUUCUGAACAAGUCUCAGGUGUCAACAGAGCUCUUUGUCUUGAUGGAACGCACUAUGGAAAUAUCUCCAGGUUCAUCAAUCACAGAUGCGUGGAUGCAAAUUUGAUUGAGAUCCCAGUUCAUGUGGAGAAUAUGGACUCGCACUACUAUCAUCUUGGGCUCUUCACAACAAGAGAUAUCGAGGCCAUGGAGGAACUUACCUGGGAUUAUGGCGUGGAGUUCAACGAUCAGGUGUAUCCGACGCGUCCGUUCCAUUGCCGAUGUGGUAGCGAGUACUGUCUGAACGUUAAGCGGAGCAGCAAAAGCAAGAAGUCGAAGAAGAGAGCAUGAGAGAGCUCAGUGUUAGUUUUUGAAGAUGUGUGAUGGUCCAGUCUCUUUUGUGAAUGUAUUGACAAAAAAACUCUUUUAUUGUCAAUCCGACAAAGCAAAUAAGCAAACUUGGUCGGUGGGUCCGUCCAUCUUAGGGGUUAGAUUAGUCGAGGAUGAUGCUUGUCUUAAUAUUUUGUGAUAACAGGCUUUUGCGUAUAUCUUAACUUAGGUUCUAAUGGCUC